ACUACAUCAUCAGGAUACAGUAAGUACCAGGGAAUGUAAAGUUGUGCUCACAACGAAGCGCCAACCCUCACUUCCUGGUAUCCCUCGUACCAUAUCAUGGAUCGCCCGAUGCAUUAUGUUAAAUGCGAUGAGAUCGUUCACGAAAAUGAAGAGUAGUAGGAUACUCUGUUCUAGGCGAGGAUACCAUCCUUUGGUCUCCUUAGUGAGUGCACCCUUACCCUGCUAGGCCUGGAUCCCACGUAUCAAAAAAAGUUGAUUAACAGCAAGCUGAAAAUUUGCUAAUAGGGCUUUUCAUCAAUUGUCAUUUGUUUCGAGUUCCUGUCAUAUGUUAUAUAUAAUAUUAAUAUAGGGCUUUUCAUUCACAGUCAUUUGUUUCGAGCUUCUGUCCUGUGUCUCAUAAUAUUAAUAUAUCUACAUCAUACGUUAUUGGCAUAUACCAAUGAUACAAACCAAAGACAUAUGACGUAGAUAUAUUAAUAUAAUAUGACACAUGACAGCAGCUCGAAACAAAUGACAAUCGAUGAAAAGCCCUAUACACGGAUUAUACGGCAUAUGACAGAAGCUCAAAACAAAUGACUGUGAAUGAAAAGCCCUAUAGCUUAAUGGUGUCUAGUCGGACAAACUUUGAUGUACGCAAACACUGGAAGUUUUAAUUGUGGAACAGUUUAAAAAUUUGGAACGUAGAUUACUAAAACUACCUUGUAUUUUGUCAGACAGAACAUCCAAUUGAUUUGUUACCCUUUCAUUAAACUCUCAUGCAAAAAUCAGACUGAUAUUACUAACCAACAUGAUUCCUGUCAUUUGACAUGUUCUUCUUGUUCCACUCAUUAAAAUGCCCAGUUGGUGAUAAACACCAGUCUGAUUUUUGCAUGAGAGUAAUGAAAUGGAAACAAAUCAAUUGGAAGUUCUGUCCGACAAAAUACAUAAAACGUUUUCAAAGUCUGACGUUCCAAAUUUUUAACUUAUUCCACAAUUAAUACUUCCCCUGUUCCCAUGCAUCAAAGUUUGUCUGACUAGACACUGUUAAUCUAUUAACAAAUAAUUUUCAGCUAGCUAUUAAUCAACUUUUUUUUGGUACGCAUUAUCCAGGUCUAUACAGUUCCCUUGUUUACUGAUCCAAAACUAACGAGUAUAAAUAAGAACUGAGUACUUACUGUGCCUCUCCCAUAUUUUCAUGAAGUGUCUAAGUAGUUUUAUGACUCUGUAGUUUGUUCAUUAUUGUAUUUUUGUUUGUUUUUAUAAACGGGUACAAAUAUACUGUAACUUAUUCCACAAUUAAUACUUCCCCUGUUCCCAUACAUCAAAGUUUGUCUGACUAGACACUGUUAAUCUAUUAACAAAUAAUUUUCAGCUAGCUAUUAAUCAACUUUUUUUUGGUACGCAUUAUCCAGGUCUAUGCAGUUCCCUUGUUUACUGAUCCAAAACUAAUGAGUAUAAAUAAGAACUGAGUACUUACUGUGCCUCUCCCAUAUUUUCAUGAAGUGUCUAAGUAGUUUUAUGACUGUAGUUUGUUCAUUUUUGUAUUUUUUUUUGUUUUUAUAAACGGGUACAAAUAUACUGCUUCUUCAUUCGUUUAGCAUUUGUCCAACUUCCAUAAUUCUAUUAAAUAAACGUAUUAGCCAACUUAUUCCUGCCUCUUCUAAUGGCUUCCACAUUUCGCCAGGAAUAUCCUGAUUCCUUUAUUUUUUGAAGUGCUUGAACCACUUCCUCAUGGUCAGUGCGAGUUGACAGUAAAAUCAAGUAGGAAGUAUAUAUCAGCACGUCUCGCAACAAGGAUGGAAAAAAUACAGUAUGUUUAAGAUAUACUAUGUGAAGACAGACACAUGUCUCUGACUCAUUAGCUAUCAUCAGUACAGUAUAGAAAAGGUAGAAUAGGUCUGCGUUAACCUUUCCUUGUUUGAAAAACUCUAAACAUUGAUUGUUUGAAACAUUCCGCAUUCCUUUCCUCAGGUAGCUGUAGCUUCCUCCUUGGAUGUGUUAGUUGUUGCUCUGGAAUCGUUAGGAUCUUCUAACAUUAUUGUCACAAAUUGGUUGCAUUGCUCCUGUAGUGAUCUUUUCCCAAGCUAGCAUACACCUCUAGUAGGUAUAGCGGUAUAGCAUACAGAAAUGUAGAUAAACUGAUAAUGUUGAUUUGUAAACAAAACAUCUUCACUAAAUGGGUGAAAAAGCUGAAUUCUUAGUGUCUGUUAUCUGUAUUUUGAGGUUGCAGUCAUUAAGUUAAGGGGCAGAAUAAAAAAAAAUCUCUGUAGACACAUUAACGGACACACUUCACAUGUAGUCACAUCUUCUUAAGGAGUGACUUCAUAUGUAGUUGUGUCAGUGAAUGUAUUAAUAUCAAGCUUUCGCAAAAUUUAUUUGUUUCAUCAAGUCUAAAAUAAAUUUAUAAUUCUUUUCUCAGUAAAUACAAUGAAAUUAAGACAAAAAAGCAUUGUAUUAAAGAAGCAUAAAAACUUACAACAUGAGCUUAGUCCAUUAAAUUUUAAACAUUAUCACUAAACAUAAAAAAUAUAAGAUUGUUAAUCUAGUAGUAAUUACAAUGUUUUAUUUAAUUUUAUAUCACAGUAAUAGUUUUUGGCACUGAAAUAUCUCAUAAAAACGGAUUACUGGUUGUCUCGUAAUCCAUCUCGUAACUGAAGUCACUCUAGAUUUAAAUUAUGUCUUUCUGCCACAGCAUUUAAGUACAUAAAUAACCGAUUUACAAAAUUCAUCUUUUCAAAAUAUAAACAUUAAACUUAAAAACAAGCAAAAAGUUGGGUUAACAUGAAUUAACUGACAGUCAGGACAUGACAGAACCCUAAAUAACAUGAUACGUAAUUUUUUUGAUAACAUCAUACCACUUUAUACACUUAUGUUUUGACGACUGUAAUCUGAUGUACGUAAUUCUGAACUUUACACAUGUACGUAAUCACUUUACGUAAAGGAUACAGCAUAGCCCCCAAUGAUACAUGAUACAAGAAAAUGCAUAGUGUCAUGUGUCAUACAGCCUUUAUGCUGUUGUGUCGUGUUUGAGUUUUGAGACACUUGGUUUUGGCUGAGAUUGUUAAAUUUUAAAUGAUUAUUGGAAUACAUAAAAUCAAGGCUAUCAAGGGCAAUCAAAUGGAAGCAAAACAGGAAAUGAACGAGGAAACUUGUAAAAUAGAAAUAGAGUAUAAUCACUUGGAUGAUGCUGUUUUGGAUGGCUAUAAAAGUGAAAUUCAAGAAGAGUCCAAUGAGGAAAGAACUCGUGACGCAUCUAAUUCUUUAGAUUUGAAGAAAUGCCCCAUAAAUACCGAAAUAGAACAACAUGGAAAUAAACUUGACCAAUCUGAAGAAACCCAAAAAACUGAAAAAGAUGAUCUCCAAGAGAACAAGAUGGCUGUUAUCGAGACAAAUACUCCAGAUUCAUCUAACGAAGAAAAUUCUAGGAAUCCACAAGCUGAAGGAAAAACAUUAAAUAAAAAGAAGAAAGUUGUGACUGGAAAAAGACGUUAUAAAUGUGAAAUUUGUUUUAAGCAGUUUUCUCAAAAAUGUGAAUUGAAAUUACAUGCGAGAGUGCACACUGGGGAAAAACCUCACAAGUGUGAAAUUUGUAAUAAGCAGUUUAGUCAAGCAGUUAGUUUAAAAAGACAUUUGCUAAUCCACACUGGAGAAAAAUCUUAUCAGUGUGCGAUUUGUUUAAAUCGGUUUUCCCGAAAAGAUCAAUUAGCUUCUCACAUUGCAGCUCACAACGGGACAAAACGUUACAAGUGUGAAAUUUGUUUUAAACAGUUUAAUUCUCCGAAUCAUUUGAAACAGCAUUUAAGAGUGCAUACUGGAGAAAAACCAUUUAAGUGUGAAAUUUGUUUUAAGCAGUUUAGCGUAGCAGGUAAUUUGAAAAUGCAUUUCAAAGUGCACACUGGAGAAAAACCUCACAAGUGUGAGAUUUGUUUUAAGCAAUUUGGUGAAGCAUUUAGGUUAAAAGCACAUUUGAGAGUGCACACUGGAGAAAAACCUCAUAAGUGUGAAAUUUGUUUUAAGCAAUUUAGUACAUCAAGUAAUCUACAAACACAUUUUAGUGUGCAUACUGGAGAAAAACCUCACAAGUGUGAAGUUUGUUUUAAACAAUUUAGAAAAUCAAGUCAUUUGAAAUCACAUUUGAAAACACAUUUAGAAGAGACAAGCAGAGAAAAACCUCACAAGUGUGAAAUUUGUUUUAAGCAAUUUAGUGAAUCGGGUGAGUUGAAAUUACAUUUGAGAGUGCACACUGGAGAAAAACCUUACAAGUGUAAUAUUUGUGGUAAACAAUUUAGUCAAACAGGUAAUUUGAAAUCACAUUUGAAAGUGCACACUGGAGAAAAGCCUCACAAGUGUGAAAUUUGUGAUAAGCAGUUUAGUGAAUCAGGUACUUUAAAAAUACAUUUAAGAGUGCAUACUGGAGAAAAACCUUAUAAGUGUGAAUUUUGUGAUAAGCAAUUUAGCGAGUUAGGUAGUUUAAAAAAACACUUAAGAGUGCAUACGGGAGAAAAACCUCAUAAGUGUGAAAUUUGUUCAGAUCGGUUUGCUGCAAAAUAUCAACUAACAUUUCACAUGACAGUUCACACUGGAGAAGAACUUCAUAAGUGUGAAAUUUGUUCUAAGCAAUUUAGUAGACCAUAUACUUUAAAAAAACAUUUGAUAGUGCACAGUGGGGAAAAACCUCAUAAGUGUGAGAUUUGUUUUAAGCAGUUUUCUAUGAAAGGUCACUUGAAAUCGCAUAUGAUACUUCACUCAGGGGAAAAACACCACAAGUGUGAAAUUUGUUUUAAACAAUUUAGUCUAGCAAGUACUUUGAAAUCUCAUUUGAGUGUGCACACUGGGGAAAAACCUUACAAGUGUGAAAUUUGUUUUAAGCAGUUUAGGCUAUCAAGAACUUUAAAAACACAUUUAAGAGUGCAUACAGGGGAAAAACCUUAUAAGUGCCAAAUCUGUUUUAAGCAAUUCAGUGAAUAUGGUACUUUACAAAAACAUUUGAGACUGCAUACGGGAGAUAAACCUCACAAGUGUGAAUUUUGUUUUAAGCAAUUUAGACAAGCUGGUACUUUAAAGGCACAUUUAAGGAUACACACUGGAGAAACACCUUAUCAGUGUGAAGUUUGUUCAAAACAAUUUGCUCAAAAAGUUCAUUUAACCGCUCACAUGACCGUUCACACUGGAGAAGUACUUAACAAGUGUGAAAUUUGUUCUAAACAAUUUCUUACACCACGUUAUCUGAAAAUACAUUUAAGUGUGCACACUGGGGAAAAACCUUAUCAGUGUGACAUCUGUUCAAAACGGUUUGCUCGAAAAGGUCAAUUAACUGGUCACAUUACAGUUCACACUGGAGAAAAACCUUACAAGUGUGAAAUUUGUUCAAAACAGUCCCGUACUGCUAGUGAUUUCAAAAAACACCUAAGAACACACACUGGAGAAAAACCUCAUAAGUGUGAAAUUUGUUUUAAGCAAUUUGGUGAAUUAGGUACGUUAAAACAACAUUUGAGAGUGCACACUGGAGAAAAGCCUUAUAAGUGUGAGAUUUGUUUUAAGGACUUUAGUCUGCCAGAUAAUUUGAAAGUACAUUUGAGAGUGCACACUGGGGAAAAACCUUACAAGUGUGAAAUUUGUUUAAGGCAAUUUAGUCAAGCAGAUUGUUUAAAAAAACAUUUGGUAGUGCAUACUGGAGAAAAAGCUCACAAGUGUGAGGUUUGUUCUAAGCAAUUUAACCAAACAAGUAAUCUGAAAAGACAUUUAAGAACACAUACUAGCGAAAAUACUGAAAAACAGACCUGAAUUUG